UAUGGACUUACAAUCCGCUAGCUUGUUGUUUCUUGUUGUCUUCGAAAAUUACACUUGGGUGACGGCGUGGGUGUUCGUUCAUAGCCGACGUGCUACCGUGGUAUGCGAGCUCAGCUUAGCAAAGAGUACAGACAGUGGCACCCUCCAUUUUUUCCUUGAAAUAAUUCCAGGCGCUGGCUAUUCUGGUCCGCUUUUUUGGCUUUAUGCCGCUUUCACGUGUUACCAAUUUUGCCCUUUUUGGUAAUUGGCGGAGUUUUCAACUCCUCGCUGUAGUAUGGAGUGAACCAGCGAUUCACUUGGCUCAUUGUCGUCGGUUCGUACGAUUUCCACCUCAGGAAGGCGGUGGCGUGCAUAGAAACACCGAGAGGCGUCUGAUGGCUUUGUAUGGAUACUUUUAUUGACCAAAACAAAAACGUGGGGGUUGCAGUCACUCAACUCCGCGCUACCCACACACUUUCCCAACUCACCGAUCUCGCUCCCUCUCUCUCGCUCGCCCACUUUCUUCCUCUUUGCUCAAUCUGACAAUGCCGGUCACAUUGAAAUAACAGCGGCCCCCUUGGGGAUGCCAGUAACAACCGCUUGCAUCGCGAACGCCCGCCAUUCUAAAGUUUAUCUGCAUGUAAUUUUUUUUUUUUUAACCCGUCAUUACCCGUCGACGGUAUGUUUUACCUGUCGACGCAUUUGCGUCAUCGAUGACGUCGACAACGUCGACUAGUCGGGACAGCUCUAAUUUUAUGGGUGAAACAUGGUAAUAUAGCAAGGGUCGCGAUGCAGAAAUCGCAGACAUCAAGGAGUGGUCGAGAUUUUCUUUUUCAUAUACUUUCUAAAAAAAAUUUUUCAAUUUUUCUUUGCUUGGAUCGAUUAUCAUCUAACAUAUCGAAUUCAUAUGAAUUUUUUACAGACACCAUUUUUUUCAUUGUGACGUAAUUUGUUUAGAAGUUUAAAAUAUGCGAGUGAAUAGUUUUUUAAAGUUUUUUUUUUUUUUUUUUAAACAAAAUAUUAGACAUCAAUUAAUGAUUGUAAGCUAAAAAUGACAGACAUUUUGAAUAAUAAAUACGAUUAAUUACCUUCGUUUUAUGUCUGGGUUGAAACAAAAGCGGUUUCGCUACUUCUGUAAACGGGGGUUUUCAGGGUAAAACGGCCAAAGAAAAAAUAGUUUGGGGGCUUAAUGCGCCAUGAAUCUGCUAUGGCAGCAUAUAGACAUAUUGUUCUAUUAAACACAACAGUUGUUUUGGCUUAAAAUAAAACUGUUUAUUUUAAAGAGGAGUGCAAGAGCAGAAACUGCUUUUUCAGUCUUUUCUGUGUUUUCCGCCAUAUAUAUAUUUUUUUGUCUUGUAGAGUAGAAAUGAGAGUUCAAAUUCGAGGUGUUUGUACAAGCGACCAAACACCAACAGUACAUGAUAUUAGCUCACCACCUUGAUGAGUCAUGUAGUUAGCUUCCUAAUCAGUCAUUUCUAAUCAGUUCCGUCCCUUAAGGGUAAGAGGGAUGGAUUGAAAGGGGGUGGGGGGCAUAAACCAAGAAUGAGCUCAGAGUGGAAAUGAGUCCGUAAAGACCAAGAAGACGAAAAAGAAUGUGGAGAAAUGAGUCUGGCCAUUGCAGCCAUGCUGAUGUAUGAUUACCCUCUGAAGACAGACAUGGAGACGUCAUUCUACUCAUCGUUAGUGAAAACCCCGGAGCCGUACAGUGUCAUCUUCUCCCACCCGGCCCACCUUUACCACCACAACCACAUGCCGGCUCUCACCCAGCCACACCCAGCCAGCCCGUCGCACACCCAGAUGGAGCCUGUGGACCUGUCUCUGAGCAAGCGCUCGUCUUCCAGCACCACCUCCUCGUCCUCCUCUCCUCGCUGCUCAUCUGCCUCCUCUCCGGCCUCUUCGCGCAGCACCCCGCCGUCACCUUACAGCAGCUCCGGGCGUGUUUCCCCGCGUCGUUCCCCUCAGCUGACCCAGCGGCACUCCUCGCCGUCCCACGCUCUCCCUCCGCCCGGCGCUUCGCUAUCGUACCCCGCCAUGGUGGCUCCGCUGAUGGGAUCUGGGUCGGGGGUCAUCCAGAGCUCGGGGGUAAUGGUCUCUCCGGUCAUGGUGCCUCUGUCUGUCCUGUACCCCUCUCCUCUCCACCUGCACCAACCCAUCAUGGUGAGCCCACCUCUUACCUCGAAUGAUGAUCCUCAUCAUCACCAUCAUCAUCGAAGCAGAGACCAUAAGACUGUCCAAUCUACAAAGUCAUUGGAAGGACGAGGCGAUGCCCACGACGUGCUCAAGCGAAUCAAAACUGAGCCUCAGCCUGAACUCAUUCAUGAGCACCACAGCACCCACGACAUCAAGUCAUCCGUCAUCAGGAUACAACAUGAAUAUGAAGCUCGUCAUCUGGCAUCUGCAAGUCCUGCAUCUUCCUCGCUUCUAUCGCUCAUCUGUUCUUAUUCCUCUGUCUUUCUUCCUACAUUUAUUGGACAAGUACAGUCAGGUAGUUGUUGGCAUAGUUGUGAGGUCAUUGUCAGUGUGCCAAGUCUGGCGUUGGGUGUGACCCGGGCUGUCAUCACCUCUCAACAGUCAUUCGAGCAUGGUUUACACUGCCUGUACUGUACAUGAAAUAUAGGUCAUGUUGACUCAGGACUGGGAAGCAGGAUGGGUCAUCAUGUGCGUGUAUGUGUAUUGGAUGGGUCUUCAUGUAUGUGACUGUUUAUGCGGGUGUCCGUGCAUUCCUGCACAGAUUCAUAUUUCAACAUCCUGCACCUGCUUUAAACUGCCACUUUAUCACACCUUUGUACACACAUGGACACAUACGCAUUGUUAAUGUGGAGCGACCACUCCUUUCUUUUGAAAUAAUACAAAUACAGUUCAUUUGUUCUUGUGUGCUUGAUUUUAAUAGGUGAGGAGGAUUUUUUUAUAGCAAAACAACGCCUAGAUGUGCAAAAUAUACAAAAGAAAUCUGUCACAAUGAAUGAAUUAAUGAAUUUAUUGUCAUUGUCAUCAUUGUCAUAAUCAUUGACAGUUUCAGAGUGUGGAAUUUGCCCGAAAAAAAGACGAUGACAGACAAAGGAAAGACGGGAAAAAGCAAAUGCUUAUCGAUACAAUAACCACCUGUUUUGAAAUAAUACAGCGGAUUAUUUUUUUUAUAGGCAUUUUUUUAAGUCUCAUAGGUCGUCAGCGACAAAUGAAAAAUAAAUUGGCGCGAUCGUGUACUCUCGGUAAUUUUCGGCAAUGACGUCAGCUAAAGGAGACGAAUGUAGAAAGUUUGCCAUGUGCAUCACUGUGUGAACUCUUUGCCACAAAAUGCUGUAUAAUUGCGAUGUCCGUGAAUUCAAGUGUGUUGGAAACAAAGAUUUAGGGAUAUUAACAUAUGGAUUUUUCAAAUGAUGAUGCUUCUAGAUGAGUGUGGGUGAAAUCAAACUCGGAGUAAUGUUUUGUGAACCUGGACGGUGGCUGUAGUAAUGCUUGGCCGGGGGUCAGCACCCCUGCGGCUCUUUAGCACUGCUCUAGUGGCUCCCUGGAGCUUUUUCAAAAAUGUUUGAAACUGGAAAAAAGAUGGAGGGAAAUAUAUAUUUUUUGUCUAAUUUGGUUUCUGUUGGAGGAGAAACAUAACACAAACAUUGUUUUUUAUUCAAUAAUAUCGUAAUGAAGUUUAAUCUUGAGGCGGCAUAGUACAACAGAGUAGUCACGUGGUGCGUCAUUCUCAAUAGGAUGCACUGCAGGGAAAAUAAACAUUUAAUCAUGAAAGCUCGUUAUGUAUUUGUAGUCAACUUAGUCAUUCCAAUAGUAGGCUAAUAUAGCUAAUAUAGAUACAUACAACAUGUGUUGACUUUAUUAUAAGUAGGGCUGCAGCUAUCAAUUAUUUUAGUAGUCGAUUAAUCGAUAAACUAGUUAGUUCAAAUAACUGAGUAAUCGAAAAAGGAACAUAAAAUUUUCAAAUACCUGAGCUGAGCCUCCAACGGUAUAAAAUAAAUACAGUGCUGCUCAAAAGUUUGUGAACCCCCUCAACAUUUUGGAAUUUUCUAUUAUUUCAACCUGAUUUCCUAAUCAAUCAAUUCAGUAGUUUUUUUUUUUGUUUUUUUAACAGUUGUGUUGUCGAGACUAAAUUAAAAAGAGUUUUCAUCAACUGAUGUAGGUGCAAAAUUGAACUGUUUGGUCACAACCAAAACCGCCAUGUCUGGCGAAAAGUCAACACUGCAUACCACCAAAAGAACCUUCUCCCAACAGUGAAGCAUGGAGGUGGGAAUGUCAAGAUCUGGGCUUGCUUUUCAUCCUCAGGACCUGGACAACUCCACAUAGUCCAGGGAAUCAUGAAUUCUGAGGAAUAUUGUCAAAUCCUAGAACAUAACCUGACGCCAUCUGUUUUGAAGUUAAAGCUUGGCAGAAGGUGGAUCAUGCAACAUGAUAAUGAUCCAAAGCAUUCCAGCAAUACAACCAAGGAAUGGCUGAAAAAGAAGAAGAUUCGUGUUCUGGACUGGCCCAGUCAAAGUCCUGACCUAAAUCCCAUUGAAAUGCUGUGGCGGGACCUGAAGCGAGCAGUUCAUGCCAGACACCCAUCAAACCUCUCUCAACUGACUGCGUUCUGCAAGGAAGAAUGGGCAAAAAUCCCCCAAAGUAGAUGUGAGAGGCUGAUUAGUCACUACAGAAACCGUUUGGUUGAGGUAAUCUCUGCAAAAGGAGGCGCAAUAUCCUAUUAACUGAAGGGGUUCACAUACUUUUGCACACAUGAUAUCUGAGUUUUUCUUAAAUCAACCACUUUUGUUAAAUAAAGAAUGACAAUAUAACUAUUUCUUUUGUUUCAGUCCAUUAUUUGGAAUGUCAGUAUUGUGGAUUUGGGUAUAAUUUAACAUUUAAUAAGGUUAUUUUAGUUUUUUUUACAAAAAAUCUGACCAUCGCUGUGGGGUUCACAAACUUUCGAGCAGCACUGUAGAUGAGGAUCUAUGUACAACAAAAUAACAAUUGGCUAACUUGCAUAGCAAAGGUCUGCUAGCUUAAAUGCUAUAAAAUGCUAACGUUUAUUUUUUGUUGUUUUUACAAUGCGCUUAGCAACUGGUUGAGACACAUAUUCCCACAAAAAACAGAUAAAUAUACCUAUAAACUAAAUUACGAAUGCAUUAAAAACACAUUAGUUAAAACAAAAACUUUGUUUGGUCAUAAUAAGGAGCAGCUGGAUUCAGCCAUGUGAAAUGAGGCAGGCUAGAGGGCAGUGUAUCCACCCAAAUCAAUACAACUAAAUGCAAACACUUUAAAAGCAAACCAUUACAACGCCACUUUAAUUAAACAAAUACUCGAAGCAGCAAAAUUUAAUUCGAAUCUUUUUUUUUUUUUCUAAUCGAAUACUCAAUCGAUUAAUCGUUGCAGCAGUAAUUAUAAGGCUCAUAUAAGGGUUUUCAUUUUUUUGCAGCUCCAGACAUGUUUUUUUUUCUUUUUUUAUGGUCCAAUAUGGCUUUCAACAUUUUGGGUGGGCGACCCCUGCGCUAGGCUAAGAGGCAGGCAGGCAAACAAAGCAUUCCUCUCAUCCAUGACCAUAUCUUGAAUAUUUUUUUAAUGUUAGAGUUUUUACUAACCAAUUUUCCAGAAUAUUGACAUUGAUUUCUUUAACUUCGCUCUCACAACCAUUGGCGAUCGCGACGUCUACUGGAGGUUCUGCCUCUGGCUCACACAUGUACGGAUAAAUAAUAUCGGAUGGAUUUCCUUCGUAGUCAGCCUCUACAUCGUCCUCAAAACUAUCUUCCACAAAAACAGCUACAUCUUCUUCACUAUCAGAAUCACUGUAGGAUAACGAGUUGUCUGAUGAUUGUGCCGUAUCACGUGGGUUAAAAUAUCCGUGCAGCAGUAUCAAAAUAACUCUGGAUUUAUCCACCUGCCUUUGUCCUUUGUUAAGUUCAACGGGGAAGUCAAAAAGUAUUCGUCACGUUGCCAACGGCUGUAGCGUCUCCCACCAGGCGCAGCCUGGGUGUCUUUUGCAACACCGCCAGCCACUCCAGACAGGUCGGCCUAUCAGUAGUGAAGUAAAAGAGAGCCCUGAGCAUCCGGCGUUUAAGGCAUCCUUGCGGAAACUCCUACAGUUGUUUCUGCAGGUAGCGCUUAGCUUGUAUUAAUAAGACAUUUUAUGAGGAAAAAAAAUCCUAAAACAUAAUAGAACCGAAACUGUUCAAUAUAUACACAUGAACAGUUACACCCUUCCUGAUUGAUACAGUGUAUGUGCUAGUGUCUAAUCCAUUUGGACUGGGAAGGCUUACAGUGCCACAACCUCCCCUUGUCCAAAUGAAUUGAACAACAAACUAAGUUGCAUUCAAUUUCGCCAAAGACAUGUUAACAGAUCUCCUGAAUACUUUAAAACGCAGUAUAAACAUGAUCUGAGUCAAUCUUUUGCUUUUCUUUGUGUCUUUUCAAUUGCCACCACAAAAUGUGCCGACAGCAAUAAAGUGUAAUAACCACUCUAUGAAGUUUGUGAAUAGACAAGUUCUCGAAGUACUUCCGCUUUACUUCUGCAUUUCUGCUCACGACUUCCGUUUUACACUUUCUCUAACCAAAAAAACAGUGGAGCUGGAGUGGCAUCACUCAUCAAAAUCCCUCCAAAAAGAAAAUUUGGAAAUACCGCAUCCAUCUGCCACCAUCACGACAUGGGUGUACACCAUGUUCAUGAAGGCAGAUGUGGAACCAAGCCCGUGCCACCACAAAGACUGGGUGUUUAUGUAGCCAGCUAUUUGUUUUUAUAUGUACUGUACACGUGUGAUGACCUCAUAAUAACUCUCAUCUAACCAGAUGAACAAUACCUUGUAGUAUUUCUUUGUAACAACAAAAUCUGCAUUAGCACUUCUGCAUUCGGCAACUGUAAUAUUAUUCGUAAUUUUGCCACAUUUAGCUCUUCCAAGAGGCCGGCGUAUGAAUCUACACCUCAUGUUAAAACAGGCUACACAGAUUGUUAGAAUUUUGUCCAUGAACAAUCAAUGAAGUGAUAAGAACAAAUGAACUCUUUAUCUACUUCAUGCUGAAUCCAUUUUUGGAGAUUCCUUGGGUUCCUCUGGUUUGAUUUUGCAGUUUUAACUUUGUCUACACACUGCUUACUUCAACCGCACUUCAUGUUGUUCUGUCUAAACCGGAAGUCCGUAGCAGAAAAUGUCAAAAGAUGGCGCUGCCCAUGUUUCGCACAGGAAACUUGUCUAUAGGUGUCAAACCUUGAGUUGUAACACCUAAAACCUUGAUCUAACCACAAAAUAAACAUAAAUAGAAAAACACUGCCACUGACCCCUCCCACUCUAACAUGUUCCAUUCAU